AUGGGCUCCCCUGCCCUGCUGACCCGCAGCACCCUCACUGUCCCGGCCGAUGUGAACGACAAUGCCCCACGCUUCCUCCAGCCCUCCUACAGCGUCUACGUGAUGGAGAACAAUGCGCCAGAUCCGCAGCUUCCAGAUCCAGGUGCAAGCACAGGACGCAGGUUCCCCCCACUCAGCGCCAACGUCACAGUCCACAUCUUCGUGCUGGACCAGAAUGACAACGCUCCGGUCAUUGUUUCCCCUAUGCCACGUAAUGGCUCCGUGGCCACCGAGCUGGUGCCGCGAUCAGCCAGGCCUGGCUACCUCGUGGGCACGGUGUCGGCAGUGGAUGCGGAUGCGGGGCUGAACUCCCGCCUCUCCUACCAGCUCCUCCAGGCCACUGACUUCACCCUCUUCAGCGUGGCACCAGACACGGCGAGUUCAGCCUCCCCCCGGAGGCCUCCUCAUCCUCCCCACUCACCCUCUAUUCUCCUUGUCUCCCUGGGCUCCAUCUCCUUCACCUUCCUCCUCGCUAUCCUCAUCCUCACAGCCAUUCGGUGCCACGGAGAGCGGCGCUCCUGCCAAGGUGACGGCUGCUCACCACCCCGCUGCCACUGCUGCCCCGGGUCCAGACCCUCCUCUGAUGGCCUGAAGACGUCCAACCUGACGCACAGCCCCCUGCGGGGACCACGGCUGCCACCUGCCUCGAUGUGCCCGGGGCGGCCCCCCGGCUACUGCUACAAGGUCUGCCUUGGUCCUGAGUCUGCCCAGAGUGACUUCAUGUUUCUCAAACCCUGCAGCCCCCCCCGGAACAACGAGAAGGACCCUGGGAAGCGGUCCCAGCCAGGCCAGCAUCUCCAGGUCUCCAAGCAGAUCAAGCAGCCCAACACAGACUGGCUGCCUCCAAGCACGCAGCGACCUGCCCUAAAGAGCUCCCAGAGCCUGGAGGACGUGGGGGAAAUCCGCAGAGCCCUCCAGAAGGAGCAUGAGAGGCUGUGCACACUGGUGACCCCUGUCUCUGAGUUUCAGAAGGCUUCAGCAGGCACCAACAGCAUCUGGACACCCCAGUACAGCCCCUUGUACCCAGGCCACAUCCCAGCCUUGGAUUAUCAGCACAAUGUCUACAUCCCCGGCACCCCCACUCUGCUUUCCAGCAAAGAUGGGCCCCUCUUCCUGGGCUGGGAGAACAAGAACAGCUUCUCCACCUUUGGCAAGAGGAAGAAGAUGACAACUUACUGUGACAUGCAUGACAGUGUGGAAUCGGUGACUGCGAUGGGCAUUCGUGGACCACCACGGCAGUGCUGGGGUGCGGUGGUGCGGGUGCUGUUGCUGCAGGCAGGGUGGGCGGUGGGCGUCGGGCAGGUGCGGUACUCGGUGCCGGAGGAAGCGAAGGCCGGGACGGUGGUGGGCCGGCUGGCGCAGGACCUGGGCCUGGAGGCGGGCGAGGCGGAGGCUUGGCGGCUGCGGCUGGUGGCGCAGGGCCGGCGGGCGAGCGUGGAGGUGAGCGGGGCGAGCGGGGCGCUGGUGGUGAGCUCGCGGCUGGACCGGGAGGAGCUGUGCGGGAAGAGCGCGCCGUGCGCCCUGCGGCUGGAGGUGCUGGUGGAGCGGCCGCUGCGCGUCUUCCACGUGGAGCUGGAGGUCACCGACAUCAACGACAACGCCCCGCUCUUCCCCGCCGCCCGGAAAAACCUCAGCAUCGCGGAAUUGUCGCAGCCGGGCUCCCGGUUCCCGCUGGAGGGCGCGUCGGAUGCAGACAUCGGAGCCAACGCGCAGCUCUCCUAUACACUCAGCCCCAGCGAGCAUUUCGGUUUGGAUUUACAGCGGAGUGAAGAAUACCGAGAAUCCCUGUUUCUGGUGCUGAGGCAAGCGCUGGACCGCGAGACGAUGCCUGUGCACCGGUUGGUGCUGACGGCGAGUGACGGGGGCCGGCCGUCGCUGACGGGCACGAUGGAGCUGGUGAUCUCGGUGCUGGAUGCGAACGACAACGCGCCCCGGUUCAACCAGUUGGUGUAUAAAGUGGAGCUGCCGGAGAGCGCUGCGGAGGGGACGCUGGUGGUGCGGGUGAACGCCACGGAUCCGGACGAGGGUCUUAAUCAGGAGUUUUCUUACAGCAUCGUCAGUUCGGUUCCUGCUGGUAACAGAGAUCUGUUCACCAUUGAUGCGAAGACGGGGGAGAUCCGUCUCACGGGCGCCCUGGACUUUGAAGACGUCCGCUUACACGAGAUCCAAAUCGAAGCGAGAGACAAAGGCUCCCCUCCGUUAUCGGGUCACUGCAAAGUGGUGGUGGAGGUGGUGGACGUGAACGACAACGCGCCGGAGGUGUGGGUGACGUCGCUGUCGGUGCCGGUGCCGGAGGACGCGUCGGUGGGGACGGUGGUGGCGCUGCUGAGCGUGUCGGACCGGGACUCGGGGGCGAACGGGCGGGUGCGGUGCGCGGUGUGGCCGCCGGCGCCGUUCGGGCUGGUGGCGAGGUUCGCGGGCUCGUACUCGCUGGUGCUGCGGGAGGCGCUGGACCGGGAGCGGGUGUCGGAGUACGAGGUGGAGGUGCGGGCGGAGGACGGCGGGGCGCCGCCGCUGCGCGGCAGCCGCGUGCGGGUGCCGGUGUCGGACGUGAACGACAACGCGCCGGCGUUCGCGCAGGCCGUGUACACGGUGCUGGCGCGGGAGAACAACGCGGCGGGCGCGGAGCUGGCGCGGCUGUGGGCGCGGGACGCGGACGAGGCGGGGAACGGGCGCGUGAGGUACUCGGUGGCGGAGGGCUGGGCGGGGGGCGCGGGGGCGGGCGGGGGGUGGCGGGCGGCGUCGAGCUACGUGUCGGUGGACGCGGAGAGCGGGCGCGUGUGGGCGCUGCGUCCGUUGGACUACGAGGAGGUGCAGGUGCUGGAGUUCGAGGUGCGGGCGGUGGACGCGGGGGAGCCGCCGCUGUGCGGCAACGCCACGGUGCAGCUCUUCGUGGUGGACGAGAACGACAACGCGCCGGCGCUGCUGCCGGCGCCGGGCGUCGGGCCGGGGCCCGGGGCGUCGGGCUGGUCGUCGUCGGGUCCGGGCUCGGGGGCGCUGUGGGCGUGGGCGGCGUGGGGGGCGCCGGCGGGGCAGGUGGUGGCGAAGAUCCGGGCGGUGGACGCGGACUCGGGCUACAACGCGUGGCUGCGCUACGAGCUGUGGGAGCCGCGGGGGAAGGGCCCGUUCCGCGUGGGGCUGUACAGCGGCGAGGUGAGCACGGCGCGGGCGCUGGAGGAGGCGGACGGCCCGCGGCAGAGGCUGGUGAUCGUGGUGCGGGACCACGGGGAGCCGGCGCGCUCGGCCACGGCCACGCUGAGCGUGUCGCUGGUGGAGGGCGCCGAGGCGGCGCUGGCGGCCGCGGGCUCGUCGUCGUCGUCGUCGUCGUCGUCGUCGGGAGCGGGGCUGCGGCCGGCGGCGGGCGCGGAGGGCGGCGCGGCGGCGGCUGCGGCGUCGGCGUCGGCGACGAACGUGUGGCUGGUGGUGGCCAUCUGCGCGGUGUCGAGCGUGUUCGUGCUGGCGGUGGUGCUGUACGGGGCGUCGCGGUGGUCGCCGCGGGCGGCCGUGGUGUCGGGGCCCGGGCCGGCGACGCUGGUGUGCGCCAGCGAAGUGGGGAGCUGGUCGUACUCGCAGCGCCAGAGCCGGAGCCUGUGCGUGGCGGACGGCGCGGGCAAGAGCGACCUGAUGGUUUUCAGCCCCAACUUCCCGCCGCCGCCCGGCCCCGCGGCGAAGGAGACGCAGCCGGAGCCGCCCGCUCUCCUGGACACGGUCAGUGGCCCUCCCUUUCUGGCCUCUCGCCCCUUCGCCCUUCUUCGCGGUCUCCCUCCGCCCUUCUUCGCGGUCUUCGUUCUGGCCCGCCGCCUGGGCAGGCGCUGGUUGCAGAGUAGCAGUCCUGGCCAGAGAAGUGGCGUGACGUAUGCUGGCCUGUUUUGA